CAAAAUGAUAUAAUCACCCCUCUCUUCACUCACUGCGAGUCUGUUACCAACAAAAUAAAAACCCCUAAAAAACCCCCAAAUCACAAACCCUCACACCCAAAAAUGAUGACAUCAAAACCCUUAACCAAAAUGAUGGCGUUAUCACGCACGCUCUGCACCGCCACCGUAACCACAGCCCAAACACAAAAACUCGAACGAAUCGCCGACGAGAUUCUCAGCUUAACAAAGCUCGAACGAAAUGAUUACGCCGUUCUCUUACGUUACAAGAUGGGAUUCAAUAAGUACGGACCAGCUGUCACCGGAAUCGGAUCGGCAUCUGUGGGAGUGUCCGUCGGAGGUGGACCGGAAGCUAAAACAGCGGCGGCGGCGGCGGCAGAGAAAGUAGUGUUUGAUGUGAAGAUAGAGAAAUAUGAUGCAGCUUCGAAGAUAAAGAUUAUAAAGGAAGUGAGAGCUUUUACUAAUUUAGGAUUAAAAGAAGCGAAAGAUUUGGUUGAGAAAGUUCCGGUUGUCGUUAAGAAAGGGAUUACGAAAGAAGACGCCGAUUCGAUUAUGGCUAAAUUAAAGGAUUUAGGUGCUACUGUUGUUUUGGAAUGAUUUAUUUUUAUUACUUUUUUUUUCAUGACAUUUCCAAUGCUAUUUAUGUUUGAAAUGAUAUGUAUGAUUGUUACUUACUUUAGAUAAUAACUAGAAUGAAAACUGGAAUGUUAGAAUGGAUGUUUUUUUGUUGGUUUUGAGCAA